AGAGCAGCACGCUGGAGGUCAGGGAUUUUACGUCAAGCCUAGCUCAACAGUCCGUAACGUAAACCCGGUGUUUUCACCUGUACGACUCACUUCUGAUUCAACGUACAGAUCCACAGGGCCGCGUCGUUUGUGUCGGUGAAUCCAGCCGCUCGUCGUUCAGCAGUUUGUUCUGGAUUUGUGAGUGUUGCGUCAUAGCUAGCGCACGCUAACGUCAGCCAGAUCGGCUCGGUUCGCGGACCCAGCUCCCACCAGGUGACCGGUCGGGAUCCUCUCCAGCCAUGGACGGCAGCUCUCAGGGAUCGGGAGGGAUGAAAGGGGGUAUGGGGGGUCUCUUUGGAGGCGGCUCACCCGAGUACUCCAACACAGAGCUGGCCGGUGUUCCCUUGACUGGAAUGAGUCCUCUGUCGCCUUACCUCAAUGUCGACCCCCGUUACCUGGUUCAGGACACGGAUGAGUUCAUUCUCCCAACAGGUGCCAGUAAAACAAGAGGGAGGUUUGAACUGGCUUUCUUUACCAUUGGAGGAUCGUGCAUAACUGGAGCAGCAUUUGGAGCUGUAAAUGGUCUCAGAAUGAGCAUAAAGGACACUAGAGACAUGGGAUGGUCAAAACCUCGUAAUGUACAGAUUCUCAACAUGGUGACCAGACAGGGGGCUUCAUGGGCCAACACUCUUGGCUCUGUUGCUUUGCUAUACAGUGUAUUUGGUGUGGCGAUAGAGAAGGCCCGAGGAGCAGAGGACGACGUCAACACUGUGGCUGCUGGGACGCUAACUGGGAUGUUCUUUAAAUCAGGCAGUGGCCUAAAGGGCGUAGCACGAGGAGGCCUGGCUGGUUUAGCCUUGUCUGGGGCCUACGCUCUCUACAACAACUGGGACCACCUCACAGGCUCCUCCUCUUCCUCCAGGCUGUAUUAACCCUCGACCACACUCAUCAGCUUCUACAUUAGGGCCACAUGUCACACAGCCUUUAACCACAGCGCUAAGAGGGACUAGACUCUGGUCAAAUGCAGUGUGCUUUUCAAGGAAGUGGGUUCGCUGCCCCCCCCCCCCCCCCCCUGCAGCCAGGAGCAUUCUUCGGGAAUGAAAUGAAAAAGAAGAUUGGACUAAAUUCCACUGGAAAUCUAGAUUUAGACCGUCCAAUACGUCCCUCUCUUCAAUUGUCUUCACACUCUGAGGUAUUCCUGUCAGAUGCGUCAUUUGUUAUAUCAUUGUUUAUAUGGGAGACUUGGUCGUCUUCAUUCAUGCUAGUUUUUAAAUCAACGAACUCAUGAUAUCUGGGUUAAAAGAGACUAUUUGUAAGAAGACAUCUGGUGUGUGCGGAUCACCAGAUGAAUGUUCUGAUUCUGGACUGAAAUACUUUUCUUUAGCAGGAGAGCAAAGAGAUUAUUCAACUCCGAUCCACUAAUGCAGAACAAAGCCUGCUGGUCGGCUCUACUCAUAUUUAUUGAAGCAAAUUUGCGUUGGUUUCAUCUGUAAAGCUGUUUGCGUGUCUCCGUAAAAUCCGCUGUAUCAAAAACUAUAUUAAAGAAAUGGGGAAAUGUU